UAUCGCGGCAAACAUGCGUCGUUCGAGAACGAUGACGGAAUUAUAGGUUACGGUGAGUUUUAGUCUAAUCGGCAGAAAAUACAUUGAUCAGAGACCUGAGCUUUCUCUAAAUGAAAAAGUUCAAAAGAAGAAUUGCGAAAGGUGGCGGGACAAAAGCUAACAUUGGACAUAUAGGAAGGUACCGCAGUACAAAGUGAAAGGCAAGUUCGUUCUGCAAAGAGAAAACUUUUUCUCAAAUAUUCGAGUAUGAAUCCUUCGUUUAGGAGAAAGGAAGGUGUUGGAAAGAAUUCGUUAAGCAAGGAGGAAUUAGCGCCAGAGUAUGAUUUAAAAGCAAAGAAAAAUACAUACAUGAGGAAGAAGGAGGGGCAACAUUCUGCGGAUGGUUCCUUAGAGAGAAGUGGCGACACUGUGGUGGAAGCAGCACGGUUAGCCAGAAGAAGAGCUGACAAGCGGUAUUGUUACAUUACAGAGCAAAGAAACAUAGGUUCACCUGUAAUAGUUAAAGUGCAUUCAGAAAGCUUGUCUUUGUUCCAUAUACCAAAAGUACUUAGAAGUCCAAACGAGGGAGUACAAACGAAAAAGGAUACUUCAGAGAACGUCUCGGUACACGAAAAUGGUAGAACUUGCGAGAGGAUAGUUACCGAAUUGUUAAAGACUGAUCAGAAAUUAGGAACAGGUAGGAAACCAUCGCAGAACAUUUGUAACGAUGUUCGUGCUAGACCAGGGAAAUCUGGCAAACCGUGCAGGGUACGCGGCAACGUUACCAACGUUCAUAGUGCGGGUGAAAUAAUUAGCAACGUGAAGAAUGACAACCAGUACCCGAUACGAUUCUACUGUCUUCGGAACAAAGUUGUGGUUGUAAUGUCAAAAGGAGCAAGUUUCCACUUUGUCGGGAAAUUAGUUGCUCGAGUAUUACACGGGGCGAUAAGAGUUUACGGAUACGUUAUUACCACGGAGAACGAUUCGAUGGAAAUUUAUUCACCAAAAGGAUAUGGUAACGUUUCGAUCGAAACCAGCGAGAAAUUUUCGGAAAACACAAAAUUGGACAUAUGGAGAACGCUUUCUCUGGAAGGUAUCGAUCGAGACAGGGAGAAUAAAUUGGUGACCGAUAUCGAGCAACUUGAACCUGGCAUGGCGGUCGUUUUGUUCUCGAAUUUGGAAAACCAAUUGACCCAAUUUCUGAACGCUUUUUAUCCAUUUCGACUGUUUCCGAGAAUAAGAAAUUCGUCGUACGAGAGUUGGACGAAUCUAAAGAGAGCCGAAGAAAUAUUGCAGUCGAACAUUUACAUCGGUCGCGCGGAUCAGAAACAAUUGAGGAUCGAACCGCGCGUUCUGGAAGAAAUUUCGGUGAAAAUGUUGAACCGUUGGCGCGCGAACGAAUGGUCGUGUACGUUAAUCGCGGGCGGAAACGGUGUCGGGAAAUCAGUUACGUCUCGUUACAUGGUAAAUAGCCUGCUACCCGUCUCUAAGAUGGUAGUUCUCGUGGACGUAGAUAUAGGUCAAGCGGAAUGCACACCACCCGGCUGUAUAUCGUACUGUGUAAUCGACCAGCCUCUAAUGGGACCAAAUUUCACGCAUUUAAAGACUCCGGAAUAUCAAUUGUACAUGGGAGAUGUGAGCGUCGUACCGUGCAUCACGCGAUACAUCGAAGGGAUGAAAAUGUUGAUGGAUAAAUUGUCGAAUUGUCCGAUCCUUUCACGAUUGCCGAUCGUUGUCAACACGAUGGGUUUCUCCCAAGGUAUCGGCUGGGAUAUUAUCACGUUUACCAUCAAAUUGAUUCGGCCAUCGUUCUUGUUACAAAUAAUGUCGGAAAAGUCGAAGAAUAACUAUAUCGGGUACCUGAGCAAACAAGUGGUAAAUCGACAGGUAGUUCCAUGGUCGACGUGGAAGACGAAUGUUAUCGUUUGGAGCGAACCGUGCGACCACCAAUUGUUCGUGGCGAAUUCGCAAGUGAAACAUAAGGGGGGGACAUCAGAACAGGAAAAUUGGAAUUUGGAACCGUAUAAAAAGCGGGAACUCGUAAUGGUCUCUUACUUGAGCGAAAUUGAGCAGAAACCUGGGAAUACGAUGACGCAGUACGACGCUACGUCGGUUGCUUUCAACGAAGCUGUACCAUACGUGAUACCUUUCGCAUCGUUGUUUAUUUCGAUUUCACGAGCAUCGGUACCUCUGUCUCACGUGUUGAACGUGGUGAACGGCAAUAUAGUGGCAUUGUGCGGAAUCGACGCGGAAACCAACGAAUCUGAAGUGUGUGAAAUUACGUUCGGUCUUCGAGUAUUGAGCAGACCACCCCUUUGCAGUUGUUACGGAUUUGGUAUCGUUAGGGGAGUUGACCUGGAGCGAGAAGAAAUAUUCUUAAACACACCGUUACCGGUUUCUAUGAUGCAGCACGUAAAUUGUUUGGUGGGAUGUAUACCGCUGCCUACUACGCUUCUACAAUCGGACAAACAAAAGAACGUACCUUACACCGGUGAAAACGACGCCUUACCGAUGAGUCGAGAACACCGAAGAGGAUACUUUCGUAUGCGAUACCAGAGGGAGCAAAACAAUGCUCGACGAUGACGACGAUUACGACGACAGUUUUGCUUAUAUCGCUGAAAAAAAGCUCUACACACACACACACACAC